ACCAAUGGUCGAACAACAAUCAUCGCUCCCAAGUUGCAGGAUCUUCGACAACAAUGCCAGAACGCUGGACUUGAUCCUACCGGGAAAGUUUCGGAGUUGGUCCAACGCCGAAAGGACAAUCGGAAUCGCAUGGAGAAUUUGCCAGCGCAUCAAGAGGAUCCAACAUGUGACGCAAUACUCGGUACCCAAUCGAUGAUCAGUAGCGUGGAUGACAUGAAGAGAGACGCCCAUGAUGAGCUGGAACAAACACUAGAAGAGGGGGAACUCGAGGUUCGUGAGGUGAUGCGAGAUCAUUACGUCGGUAAUCCCCGGGGUCCUGGUCUCGCUAGUCUUCCGGAGCGUCUCCAUAUAGUCGAGGAGGAAAAUGCUGGAGACAAGGCCGAGAUCGCCGAGCUGAAGCAUUAUGUAUCCAUAUUGAGGAUUGCGGGGCCUGAUUAUAAAAGGGUUCGGAAUAGAUUUCUCUCCGUCUUUAAAUGGGAUAAAAUAGAAGUGCCCCUCAAGCAGUCGGACCGGAAUUUCAUUGCAGAGGGCAACGUGGUCGCACAUUCGGGCGAUGCUGCCAUUGAUGUUUUGUUGUAUGAUGGCGCUGGGGGACGACAAGAUUGGUACGUAUUAGAGGAACUUUACGGACUACACCCCUCUGAUGUCCGGAAAAUCAGUAAGUAAUCCUCGCUAUCUAAUCAACUUCAGUACCAGUAUUAAUGCUAACUUCUCCAGCCCACAAGGAAACAAUCGAGAUAUUGAAUCUCAACGCCAGAGUCAAAGCCAACGAGAUACCAGGGGCAAAUGAAUUCUGCCGAAGAUUUCGCGUCUUUAUAGUGGCAUUGAGAAUGGAGGACCCGGGGUUCAACUAUUUGCAGGAGGAUCUCCCGAAUCCAACCUGCGCUGCGUACUGGUCGCUACGCGAGGUUCACAUAUGAGGAUCAAGGUAAUGUCACGACCAGAGCCAUUCCAUACAGCAGAUACUAAUAAUACUUUAGUAGAUUCACAAAGGAAGGGGGCGGGGUUUUGGUGUGGUGUGGUGGGGUGGCGGGUGAGCGUGGCGGCGGUUGGGUGGGAGAGGGGUAGGACUCUUUUGCUACUUCUGUACUCUCUCUUCUUUCUUUGCUGUUUUGGUGCCUUUUGUGGCACGGGUUUUGUCAUGUAUAUUAGAGGAGUUUAUCCGGACUAUGUUAAUUCACAACUGU